ACCUGAGGUUAGACGGAGCCUCAGACUUACUCCCGCUCCUUGCUCUAUGCUCUCAGGUGUUCCUUUUGUCACUCCCUGUGCUUUGCUGUAUAGGAUGGAGUCAGGUCCGAAGGGGCACUGCCAUGGUGGUGGCCAUGGCCCUGGGCCCUGUUGUGGGGAAAGGCACCCCCCUGGCCAUGGUCCUGGGCACUGUCCUGGGGGCAGCCACCGCCCAGGGCCCUGUGGGCACCCCUCUGGCCAUGGCCCAGGGCACUGUCCUGGGGGAAGCCACCCCCCAGGGCCCUGUGGGCACCCCCCUGGCCAUGACCCAGGGCACUGUCCAGGGGGAAGCCACCUCCCAGGGCCCUGUGGGCCCCAACCUGGUCCACCUCACUAAGGAAGCAGAAGAAAGAGGAUACAAGAAUGGGGAGUGUGAGUGGGUUGCCCUGCUGACCUGGCAUGGAGCCUGAACCAGAAUCUCCUCUUUCUAAUAAACAGCCUCCCAGAA